ACGCUGCUUCACGCCAGGAGCCGGAAGUUCCUGUCACGUGGGGGACUCCAGACUGUCUACUUCCGGGUGACUUGUAAGGUGCCCAUUGCCCACACGUGGGUAAAUUUGCUGCAUGUUUCCGGCGAAACCUACAUGUAACACGGGGCAGAAAGGGGCCGCAUUGCCUGGUUUACGUACGGUGUCUCUUACAGCAGAGAUCCACAACAACAGAAGACAUGGAAGAGAGCUUCCCUCGUGGAGGCACCCAGAAAAAGUCUGAUGACACUGUUGCUAAGAAGAGACCCCGGCAAGAUGACAAUCUGUUUUCUAUGCACCAUGAAGAAGUGGAGGAGGAAAUUAAGAAGAAAAAGAAGAGAGAUUUUCAAGAUAAGCCAACACCAUUUAAACCUGACAAGAGCUCAGCUACAAAAGAGAAACCAUUGCAUUUAUUAAAUUAUAAGGAUCUCAGUGUCGGAAUGCUGUUUCUGGGCUGUGUGAAGGAGGUUACGGACUUUGAAUUAGUUGUAAGCCUGCCAUAUGGUCUGACCGGCUAUGUCCAAGCAACAAAUAUCUGUGAGGCCUAUACAAAUCUCCUUAAUGAGCAGGUGGAAAAAGAUGACCCUCUGGAGGCUUUGUCACCUUUGUCUAGUCUAUAUUCUCCAGGCAUGCUGGUGCGAUGCACAAUUAGCAACUUGGGGACUACAUCAAGUGGCCUCAAUAGCAUCAAGUUAUCCUUGAACCCCAAACUUGUCAAUGUGGCCCUUGCUCCUGCUUCUUUGCGCACAGGCAUGUUAGUGUCUGGCUGCUUGUCCAGUGUGGAAGAUCAUGGCUAUCUCAUUGAUAUAGGAGUUGGGGGUACUAAAGCGUUCCUUCCUCUUCAAAAGGCUGAAGUGUAUUUAAAUCAAAUCGGCAAAGGUGCGGCACUGCGUGUAGGGCAGUAUUUAAACUGCGUGAUUGAAGAGGUAAAGAUUGAUGGGCGAAUUGUGCGACUGUCAAUCACCCAGUCUGAUGUGGCUGCGGCUAUGGCCACAGUGGAACAACAGUGGACUCUGAAUAAUCUGCUGCCUGGCCUAGUGGUUAAAGCUGAGAUUCAGAAGGUCCUUACAGACCACAUUACUGUGUCCUUCCUUUCUUCCUACGCUGGUGUGGUGGAUUUCUUGCAUUUUGAGCCGACUAAAAGCAACUUGUACAAGAAAGAUCAGGAAGUAAAAGCUUGUAUCCUGUGGAUUGAUCGAUCUUCCAAGACCAUCAGACUGACUCUGCGCAAGUGUUUCCUGCAGCCAGGGAACCCUGUGAAGCAGCUAUCCAGUGACUGGAUUGGCACUGUGCAUGACACCUGCACGGUGAAGAAGUUGCAUAGGACUGUGGGAGCUGUAUUUCAGCUGGAUGGAAACACAAUGGGCUUUGCAUUUAAAUGUAACCUUUCCAUUUCAAAACAUUCCGAUGGUCUGGAUAAGUUUAAAGUAGGCUCAGUCCACAGUGGUCGUGUGGUGGGAUUUAGUCCCAUGGAUGAGACACUCCUGCUGUCUUUUAAGGGAAAAGUUGUCAAAGGUCUUUACUUGAGGCACGAAGAUAUAGAGGCUGGUCAGAUUCUGGAGGGUACCGUGGACAGCUUUGAAUCUUUAGGAAUGGUGGUGAAUAUCACAGAACACCUCAAUGGUCUUGUGCCCAAUCUCCACUUGGCAGAUAUUACCCUGCACCAGCCUCAGAAGAAAUAUAUCCUUGGGAACAAGAUCAAAUGCAGGGUGUUAAAUGUGGUUCCGUCGGCCAAGAAGCUCAUCCUUACCAGGAAGAAGACCAUGCUAAAUUCCAAGUUGCCAAUUAUUCGCAGUUACCAGGAUGCAAAGCCUGGCCUGGUCACGCAUGGCUUUAUCUGGGCAGUGAAAGACUUUGGAUGCUUAGUUAGAUUUUAUAAUGAUGUUCAAGGACUGGCACCGGUUCGUGAGCUGAGCUCGGAGUAUAUCCCCUCACCAGAGGAGGCUUUCUAUAUGGGGCAGGUGGUAAAAGUAAGAGUGCUGGAGUGUAGCCAUGAAAAAGGGACAAUGCUGCUGUCAUUUAAGAUGAUUGACGAAGACGAGGGUGGAGCAGUACCAAAGAACCAACAUGUAAAAAGUGACGCAACCACCCAUCCACCUGGCAAGAUAGUUGAUGUGAAAAUUGUGAACAAGACUGAUAAAGGACUGACGACCGCCAUUCUACCUGAGGAAAGUCAUGCCUUUCUUCCCAAAAAUCACCUUUCUGAUUACAUCACAAAUUGUGAGCUCUUAUGGCACUGCUUAAAGGAAGGUGACACACUGACUGGUGCAAUGUGUCUUAGUAGCUUCAGAGGGAAAAAAUUGCUGACUAAGAAACCUGCCCUCAUAUCAUUCAUGGAGAGCGGAACGUGUGUGAAAGACUUCUCCGACGUGCAGGUUGGGAUGUUGCUCACCGGAUUUGUGAAGAAUAUAAUGCCCUAUGGAUUGUUUGUGGAAUUCCCGUACGGGCUGGUCGGUCUGGUCCCCAAAUCUGAAGUCAGCGACAGGUUUGUAACAAACGUCAAUGACUAUUUUGUGGAAGGGCAGACAGUGGUUGCGAAGGUAACAAACACUGAUGAAGAAAAAAAACGCUUCCUGCUGACCUUAAAGUUGUCUGAGUGCGCUCCUGAUGACCGCUCGGCUGAAAGCCUCUUGCAUCUGAGGCAGUGUGUCGGAGAAUUACGGCUCUCAAAGAGCCUAAUUAGCAGAGGCGAGAAUACAGAGGACUCUGAGAAUCUUUUCUCAUUACUACCAGGAAAAAUGCUGACCCUUGUAGUGGAUGAGGUAGAAAAAGAUGGUUCAGUACUGUUCAGCAGUGGCGGAAUCUCUGGCAGCAAGAAAAUAUCCGCAGCUGCUCAUCACGAUGCAGCAAAGAACUUGGUGUCGGGACAAAAAGUAAAGGCUGUGGUCCUGUAUGUUGAUAUUGUGAAGUGCCACGUUCACGUGUCUGUGAAGAACAUUCUCCUGAAGAAACGCAAAGUAGAAUUUGAGGAAGAUUCGAAGCACUCUGCAGUGGUGCAGCACGUGGCAGAAGAUCUUGCGGUCGUGUCUUUGGGGGCUACGGCGCAGCUAGCUGCUGUCCCUCUUGCAUGUCACUACAAUGAUACUUUCCGGUUUGACUCUGAGAAGUUGCAUUUGGGGGAGACCAUUUCUGUGACCUUAAAGACCAGUAAUGCUGAGGAACAUGGGCUGUUGCUGGCGGUGCAAAAUACAUCUGGUACAGGGAGACAAAGCAAAGCUGCCACCUUUGUAAAACGCAAUCCAGCUAUAGGAGAAGUAGUCACUGGGACGGUGAAGAGCGUUAAGCCCACUAGCGUGACUGUUUCCAUUGCGGAUAAAGUAGUCGGAACUAUUCAUGCUUCCCAGAUAAUGGAUGAAGUACCGAUGGGACUCUUCCCCACAUCAAAGCUGCAUCCUAAGGAGACUGUGACUUGUCGAGUCAUUGGAGGGCGAGAAAUUAAGACGCAUAGGUUCCUGCCUAUUAGUCAUCCACAUUUGGCAAAGUCCAUGCUGGAACUCAGUAUCCUGCCCAGUCUUCUGAACACCAAUGAGAAAAUUCCAAAACACAAAACCUUAAAAAUGUACUCCCCUGGUGAGAAGGUGACCUGCUAUGUAGUCAAGUAUAACAAGGAGAAGCGAUACCUGGAGGUGGAGAUCUCUCCCGAGAUCCACGGCAGAGUCAGACUUCUGCUCCUUUCCAUAUCUACAAAGGUGGUAAAACAUCCAGAGAAACAUUUCAAGCAAGGACAGGCUCUAUCUGCUACCGUGGUUGGCCAUGAUGUAACGAAUAAAUUCCUCUUUCUGUCCUUAACAGACGUGUACACUCUGGCGGAUGGCUGUGUAACUCUUGGGCGUGUAAAGAAGAUAACACGAGCCGAGGGCUUGUGCAUAGGACUUCCAUUUGGCAAGACUGGGAAGGCCGGCCUCCCAGAUUUAGGGGACUGCUACGCUCAGGCCCCUGUGAAAAUCUUUAAGAUUGGAAUGUUUGUAAGAUGUUGCAUCCUCUCUGCUUCAACGCCGAUUAAGGUCUCCCUUAGGAAGUCUCGCACAAAUCCUGGCUCCAACAUUAAAGUGAUAGACAAAGAAAUCUCUUCCAUUGACAGUCUGCAGAAAGGACAGCUGCUUUCUGGUUUUAUUGAUGCGAUUACAGACAAAGGAGUCUUUUUGCGGUUAUCAAGUUCUAUUGUGGGCAAAAUUCAGUUCCAGAAUGUCACAGAUUAUCAUACUGAGGAUCAAGAAACGUACAAGACCUACCUCCCUAAAGGAAAGCUGCUGUCUGCGAAAGUCAUUUAUAUAAAGAAAGAAGCGAAGCCCCACGUUAGCCUGUCACUCCUUUCCAAGGAUACUGGUAAACUGGAUGUUUUUCCAAAGUCUGCCAACUUACCCCUGAGGGAGAACAAAGGUGACAAGAAGAGGAUGAGAAAAGAGUCUGAAAGUGAACAGCAGAACACUAAAAAGAGAAUUAAGAAAACCCAGGAGCCUAAGGAUGAUGAAGACAGCGGAGUUGAGGUUCACGGUCCAGAAGAUAAAACCAAAUAUAAUGAAAAAAGUAACAAAAAGGACGUUGCUGGUGGCAAGCCUCCAGUCUCACGGUUACAGGUGUCUUCUGGUUUUUCUUGGGAUGUUGACUUAAAUACCCUCAAAACCUCUAUAACGGUCAAAAAGGAGAGCAGCUCUGACAGUGAGGAGGAUGAAGCUGAAGAACACUCCAAGACCAAGAAAAACAAAAAGAGGAAGGGACUAAAGAAAAAACAAGGCGCAAAAGAGGCCACCGAUCCAGAUCAGCCACCGCGGUCAGUGACUGAGUUUGAGCGUCUAGUCCUUGGUUCCCCAAACAGCUCCGUUAACUGGAUUCAGUACAUGGAAUUCCAUCUUCAGGCCACGGAGCUUGAGCAAGCUCGAGCCGUGGCGGAAAGAGCCCUUGAGACCAUUUACUUCCGCGAGGAGCAGGAGAAGCUGAAUGUAUGGGUUGCUAUGUUGAACAUGGAGAAUACAUUUGGGACAGAAGAGACUCUUCAGAAGCUUUUCCAACGAGCAGUCCAGUAUAACGAUCCCUUGAAAGCAUUCCAGCACUUGGCAGAUAUUUACAUCAAGUCGGAGAAGUUUAAGGAGGCUGAUACAUUAUUCAAUACAAUGGUCAAACGUUUCCGCCAGGAGAAGUCUGUAUGGUGGAAAUAUGCCUCAUUUCUUAUGAAACAAGGCCAGUCUGAGGCUACACACAGAUUACUUCAACGAGCCCUUAGGAGUCUUCCAGAUAAAGAACAUGUUGAUGUGAUUUCAAAGUUUGCCCAGCUGGAGUUCCACAUGGGAGAUGCGGCGCGAGCCAUAGCCUUGUUUGAAAGCACGCUCAGCAGUUACCCUAAGCGCACCGAUGUCUGGUCUGUUUACAUCGACAUGAUGGUGAAACAUGGCAGCCAGAAGGAAGUGCGGGAUAUUUUCGAGAGGGUCAUUCACCUGAGUAUGGCAGCCAAGAAAAUAAAGUUCUUCUUCAAGCGCUAUCUGGAGUACGAGAAGAAACACGGCGAUGAGCGCACUAUUCAGGCCGUGAAGGAAAAGGCCCUGGAAUACGUAGAAUCUAAAAGUUCUAUGAGCGCCACCUAGAACAGUAACCACUGUGGGACUUGUGUCAGUCACCACAUAAGGAUGCGUGGUAACUCCAGACCUCCGUGACAUGCCCUCAUUCCAGGGGACUUGCUUUUCUGGGUCUCUACAUCACAUGUUGCGUUACAGAAACACGUCUGUCAGUGCAUCUGCUCUGGAUUUUAUAAUCUGAUUCAGAUUUUCCACGUUAGAACUUUGGAAGCAAUAACCGAGUGGAAAGAAUAAAAGACUGAACGCUGAACUUUUUCCAUUACCUACAAACUGCUUUUUAUUUCGUAUUACAGAUAUUUUAUACACUGUUUACAUUUGAGAAUGAAAUAGUUUAAAUAUCAUGUGCGAAGAAUACAUAGUGGGGCGAGUGCUGUUGUAGAACAGGCUGCAACGAUUAUGUGUACAGAGAUUAAAAAUAUUGUUCUCAUUAA